GUGUCCUAUUUUUAGUGCGCGUUUUGUUUGUUUUUCGCUUUGAUGUUUUUCGUUCCGUUUGCGGUCGGGACUUACUAAAAAUAAUGUAACCGAUAUUGAGUAUGUAGGUAGUUAUAUUUGGCACGAGCAGGUGGCGAGGCCAAUAAUAUUUUCGGCUUUCAUCGUUCGUGCGUAACUCUUCGCUGUUGGAACGUUUACAUUCCAUCUACAUUCACUUUCAUAUUAACCGGCUUAGUUUUAGGAGCUAUGAUAAGUUUAACAGGUGUAUGAAAAAAGUGUUAAAACGGUCUACCUCAAGUAAGCAAUAACAUGAAGAAUAAGUUUAGAAAUACAAACUCGACCAUAAAGGCCGGGGAUCUCCUAUUGACUGAACAACCAUUUGCGUUUGUUCUAUCUUCAAAAGAAAAGGGCCUGCGGUGCGACAACUGUUUGGAGAAGGGCAAGGUGUUGAAAUGCUCAGGAUGCCAAUUUGUACACUACUGCGGCCGCAUUUGCCAAAAGGAAGCUUGGAGUGAUCACAAGUGGGAAUGCGCGAACCUCAAGCGAGUAUCCCCGAAGGUGAUUCCUGAUGCCGCACGCAUGCUCGCCAAAAUCAUAAACCGGCUGAAUAGAGGAGAUGGUAAUUCGUACCGCGCCUUCUAUUCCGCUACGUCGUUUCGGAUGUGGAAAGAUUUAAUGUCGCACUACUCUGACUUGAAAGCGGACAAGAAAAGGAUGGAUCAUUUUACCUCGCUCUGCGUCGUUCUGUACGAAUUUCUUAAAGACAUAUCACUGCCAAACACGGUUGAACUUAUGGGACUUUAUGGAAGGAUGGUUAUUAACAGUUUCACGAUCCUGGACAAUGAUAUGAACUCUAUCGGAACUGGCGUCUACCUGGCCUGUUCUAUACUAGACCAUAGCUGUAACCCUAACGCUGUAGCCACCUUCGAUGGAAAGACCAUUAGCAUACGUGCUACUAAAGACAUUUCAUAUUUAGACUGGGAUCAGAUUCGUAUUUCCUACAUCGAUCUGAUGAAGACACCUUACGAGCGGCAGACAGAAUUGCUACAAAACUACUACUUCCUGUGCGAGUGUGACAGGUGCAUGGAUGAAUCUCAACACAAGUUAGUUCAUGCCGCGAAAUGUCUGAACAGUGAAUGUGACUGUCCUAUCAACAUUCCAUGGAAACAGAACUGCCAAGUUGUCAGAAAGCCAGAGGAAACUGCAGAAAAAGAGGACGAAGAUACAAGUGGUGGCUUUACUAAUGGUCAUCAUGAAGAACUUAAAGAAAUACCACAGAGUGUAGAAGAUGGGUUACGUUGUGAAGAAUGCGGUACAAAGUUCACUGAGAACCAUGUCGAGAAAUUUAUCAAGGCAAUGGAAUUUACAGAAAUGCAUUUACAGAAUAUGAAAGGAGCUUCUGUGGCUUAUGUCGACGUUUGCAAGUAUUGUUUAGAACGCCAAGAAGGUGUGUUACAUCCACUGAAUGUGAUGCAUGCGCAAACUCUGGAUUACGCAUUCGACGCGCUCAUUGAAUUUCAAAUAUGGGAACAGGCUUGUGCUUAUGCCGAAAGACUUUUGCCUUGUUUUAGGUUCUACUAUGGCGAACGACACCCUUUACUGGCACUACUACAUCUCAAAUAUGCUAAAAUUCUCCUCUACAAAAUGGAUUCGUCAAAAGCUUUCUACCAUCUGAAAUGCUCUGAGAAAAUUCUCAAAAUCACCCAUGGAGACAGGCAUCCCUUGUAUAAAGAACAACUCUUGCCUUUACUACGUCAAGCUAUAGCAGAAUCUUCAUAAAACGUUUUGUGAUUUUUUUUAUGUACUAUUGUCAAUUAGUUUUGUCGACCA